AUACUAGAGGAAUGCUAAUCUCAUGUUCAAUUGUUUUAUUUGUUUUCUCAGCUUCUCUUUGGAAUUUGAUGGCAUUCUUUUUUUUUCCAUGCUAUAUAUUGGUACUUUAAAACAGAAAUCAUCUAGCCAUUUAGAGGCAUGCUCAUACUCAAAGUCAUAGCUUUCUUUGAUUCUCAAGAGAACAAAACAAAAGCUCAUAAUGUAUGAGUAGCCAGCCACUUGUCAAGUAUUAGUAAAAAGUAUCUAACUGUUAUUAAGGAAAAAAAUGAAAGAAGAUCUACUCCAUGGAUUUUUUUUUUUUUUUUUGAAACAUUACUCCAUGGAUUCAAAUUUUGGAAACACAUCAUCUAAUGGUUAUUAUUACUGAUUUUAUUUUUUUUCUUAAAAUUAAUUGUAAAAUAAAUGUUCAGUUAUGAUUUUCCUUGCUUGUAGAAUAUAUUGUUCAGUAAUUUAAAUAUUGAAUUAUCAGUUUCAAAUUUUCAAAUUUUAUAAUUCAAUGUAAAGAGUAAAAUUUGAAGUAUGUUUUCAAAAAUUACAAGUAGUAAAUGGUAAUUGGUGAGAUCUCUCACAAGAUAUCCGGCCUUUUAUAAAACCAGGUGAUGUAUUAGUUCUACUCUUAAAUUCUAUAGUCAAGUAAAAAAAUGGAAGAAAAAGAGGAAAAUCCACACGAGCGAUUGAAGCAGAAGCUGAGUGAGCUUGAGAAAGUAUGGACCGCAAUGAAAGAAGGCAAAAGCUCAUCUGCAGUUUCGUGUAUCACUGUGGAAGAAGCUCUUGAGUUAGUGGAAAACUCUCCAAGGAAGCUGAUGAUCUCUCUUCAACACGAUCAAGAUGGUCCAGAGGCAGAGAUGAGAUCACCCUAUAGGAGAAAACUCUUUCACGACUCUGAUGAUAAUGAUGAUGAUGAGACGAGAACGACAAGGUUGUCUCAUUCGACUUGUUGGUCUUCGAAUGUAAUGAGAGCUGGAGAUAAUAGUAAUAAUAAUAAGAUUAACAAGAAGCAUGAGAAGAAGAAGAAGAAGAAUAGAGGAAGUAUUGUCUGUGUUUGUGUAAUUGUUCUUUUGCUAUGGGUUUUGGUUCUGUUGUUGAUCAACGGCUUUGAUCAACUCUCCAUGAACAUGAACAGAGAGAUCUAUAGUUUGGUACCUACCUGAAUUUUGUUUUUGAGAAAGAAUAUGCUUUAGAACUCAAUAAAACAAAUUGGUUUUUGUUUUA